AUGAAAGGGAGGGACGAUGAAGAAAUCAAUAUUUCUACCGUGCAAGGUAGUGUUCCGGCAGAUCAGCCAACAAUGUUUACCAAUGUGGAUAGUACAGUAAAUUCUUUCAGAUUUGAAGAGGCAAAAGCAGGGGCACCUUUGUGCUGCCAGAUUGAAACAUCACCAAAGAUUGCUCCCGAUCACCAGAAUACUGCCUUUAAUGGACCCCUGAAUCAACGGAAGACACAGCGUGACCAUCAUCCCGCAACUUUCUUCCUCUCACCUAUUGAUUUGUCCUUGUUCUCAGACUCGGAAUUUUCUGUUAUUGAUUUGCUUUGUGAUGAUGAGCCUAAUCCCACUGCAGAAAAGUGUCCGACCUGCGAAGAUCAUGUUUCUUUUUCACUUGAAGGCUUGGGUAAAGUUGGGACAGUGACGCCAGUUCAUUCGCCAGAACAACGUGCUAGAAUCCCAUAUAGUUACUCUCCAUUGCAGAAGGAUGGAAGGAAAUCAAAAUUAAAGAAACUUAACCAUGAGCUGAAUGACAUUGAACUUGAAGUGACUUGGAUUUGGACCUAUAAUAUUGUUCCUCUGAUUGAUAGACUUGCAGAUACAAUGGUGCAAGAUAUCAAGGUCUCGCCUAUCAGUUAUUUGGACUUCCCAUUUAACAAAUUAAGGCGAAGCUCAGCAAUUGUUGGAAACGACAAGCAUUAUUAUUACAUUGAUAACAAAAGUGCCUCUUCUGAUAGGGAAGAAUUCUUCUAUAAGACUGAAAAUAAUGGUAGAGACUUGUGGAAUGCAUGUUCGGGAUUCUUCGAUGAGACUUUUGACGAAGAGAUGGGAUAUGAUCCCUCGUGUAAGAAGACUUUUCAUAUGGGUUCUAAAUCUCCGGAAUUAUUUAAAAAUGGGACCUACGAAAUGGAAAAUUAUGCUUUUGAAGACCUACUGCCAAAGAAAUGGUCUUCAGCUAUAGCGAUGAAAGAGAUGGACAUGGGCGAACCACGGUCUUCAUUUCCUAAAGACGAAUUAGAGAAUGAUUUUGACUUUUAUGUUACUAGCAGGUCAAGAUUAGAUGGGAACUUCAAUGCUCAAAAUUUCAUUCCAGAAGAUGUAAAGGAUAAUUCCACCUUGCUGAGCGAAGAGUCAAGCUCAUGCACUGCCGUGAGGGAUGAGUCCAAUGCGCAUUCACCAACAAUAUUAUUGACUGGAAAGAACAGAAGAAAGCAUAGAAAUGCUUUUGCAAGCCCUAGAAAACAUGGAAAUGAUUUUUAUAGCUCUAGAAAUAAGUGCUGUGCUAAGGGCGAAAAGUGCAGAACUAUGCCAAAUUCAUCAAAGCGAAUAGCACCUCAUUAUUCAAGUUCAAUUCUCCAGGAAGAGUUGGGGGCCCACAGCAGUUGGCAUUUUGACGAAAGAAAUCCUUCACUUGAUAAGAAAUCUGUUGCCGCCCCAUUCUGUCUAGACUCAGAGGGAGAUUUUGCACUCUUCGGAUCCAAAAAUAGAAUUGAAGAUCCUUUUAGCGUCUUUACUACCCCCCAAUUAAGUAACAAGGCCAGUCCUUCCUUUGGUGGAUUUAAAAAAGCUGCAGCUCUUGCAGAUUCACCUCCUUGCAGUUUUACCUCUCAAAAGCUUGCAUUUGAUUGUUCAACCGCAUUCCCCAAUGUUGGUUCAUGGCCAACGAGCCCAAGUUUAUCUCCAGAUUUUCAGUUCAAAGGAAAGUCUGUGGAUUCUGGAGGUUUUCAUUGUGCGGCUUCAUCUACUACUGAUAUGUCAGAGCAAGGAAGUGUUAGCAAAAGCGAGAGACACAUGAAACUGCAAAAAGACAGACACACAAAUUUUGAUCAAGAAAAUAUUUUCAUGGGAGAUAAUGGAUUGUCCUCUGAACAGAAAAUGGCAGAAGAUGCCCCAUCUUCCAAAAAUCUUGCGCAAGAAUGUGAAGGCACAGAGGACACAAAUCCAAAGUUAACAGCAACAGAGUGUCUUGUAACAGCUGACUCUUCUGGUCAUUUAGAGGAGAUAUCAUCAUUACUCAAGAAACCUGACAAACAAGAAAGCCAAGUAGAUAAAAGAAAGUAUGUCCAUUUUUAA